GCCCUGUUUUCCCAUCACCUGGUCUACCUUCUUUUCAAAAUGUGGGAAGAGGAUUAUGACACAGAACACCAUGGUGUUGGUAGAAAAAGAGACUAUUCCCCAGUGUCUUGGAGUGAAUAUUUUGAGAUGAUGGAUGACGUGGUUGUGGGAUCAGGAGAAAACAAAGACAGCUAUCGAGUUUAUAAGAGUGGGUUGGAAGGUCCCAUACUGGUACUUCUGCAUGGCGGGGGACAUUCAGCACUCUCUUGGGCAGUUUUCACAGCUGCUAUGACGAGCCGUGUUACCUGCAGAGUUUUAGCAAUGGAUCUCAGAGGUCAUGGCGACACUCAGGUUCGAAACACUGAUGACCUCUCAGCACAGACAAUGUCCAAGGAUGUGGCCAAUGUGGUGAGAGCUAUCUAUGGAGAGAUCCCUCCCUCUUUGCUCCUGGUGGGACACAAUAUGGGCGGAGCAAUUGCAAUUCACACGGCAACUGCCAAUCUGAUACCUUCAGUGGUUGGACUGGUCGUCAUUGAUGUUGUAGAAGGCAGUGCCACAGAAGUACUACACAGCAUGCAGAAUUUUCUCAGAGGGAGGCCGAAGACAUUUAAAUCUAUAGACCAUGCCAUAGAGUGGAGUGUAAAAAGUGGCCAGAUCAGGAACUUGGAGUCUGCAAAAGUAUCGAUGGUUGGUCAAGUAAGAAGGUGUGGAAGUGUGGAUUUGGCUCAGUCGGAACAGCUUCACCCUAUCUAUGAUGUCAUAGCCGAGAGACACGAGGAGUUCUAUGACCUCAACUAUGUCACUGAUAAACCUGAUAAUCCAAGGACAGAGCCAAAGACACUGAAUAAUUACAGUUGGAGAAUCGACCUCUCCAAGGCAGGAAAGCACUGGGAUGGAUGGUUCCGGGGCAUCUCAAACCUUUUCCUCAGCUGCAACGUGCCAAAGUUACUACUUUUGGCGGGUAUAGACAGACUGGACAGAGAUCUCACUAUUGGCCAAAUGCAGGGAAAGUUCAUGAUGCAGGUACUGGCCCACUGUGGACAUGCAGUUCAUGAGGACAUCCCAGAUAAAGUGGCCGAGGCCCUAGCAAGCUUCAUGAUCCGACAAAAGUUUGCUGAAGCUAAGAGUGGCAACAAGAGAAAGUCGCUGAAAGAAAACAGGAUAUCUCCUCCAGAUCUGAAGAAUGGAACAUCAAACCAGACACCAUUUUCACCAUUUUGACUGUUCUCAUCAUGUAAAAUGAAAAUAUUUAUGUCAAGAUUACCAAGUUUAUCCUCAGUGUUGGAGAAUAACUUGUAAGAGCUUGCUUGUCUGUGAAAUGUUAACACAAUUAUGACUUUUAGAUCCGAGAUCUAGCUAUUUACCUGCCUGACUUAGAAGCUAUACACGUAUCUGUCAUAAUCAUAAUGUUUGACAUUCAACAAAGGUAAUUUGUGCUUAAUGUGAAGCAUGUAUUGUCCUAUUCUUAACAUAUUCCAGUUACAUUAAAACCAGUUUGUUCUGUGACAGAAAAUGUUCAUUGCUCUGUCAAUUGUGGCACAAGGGUUAAGGAGAACAAUCCAUAAUUAUAGACAACCUUCUGAAGAGAACAACAAAAAUACUACCCCUUUCUGAUUUCAGUAAAACAUGACAAUCGAAGCAAAUCUCUGUACUGGCAGAGUGCUUGAUCGCUGCAGGACUACUGCAGUUCUUUGGAUCUGCAAUAUUGCUACCAAAUUGUGUAAGUCUACAACCUGUAGUGACAGGCGUCUAGAGCAGGGAUUCUUGGCUUUACUGGACUGUGGCCCUUAUUACUUUUGUCUACUUGACUGAGGACCACCCAAGUAAUCUAUAGAAGCGAGAUUUCUUGUUCUACUCACAAUCAACCCUGUAUAAUUGCUCAUUUUAGGGUGUUAGGCAUUGGAAAUUAAGAUUACAAAUGCACAUCAAGGUAGUAAGUGUUACAUUGAAGAUAACCCCAGGUAUCUACAGUAACAGCAGUAUUGUUGUAAAGACUAUUUCUGACAUUGGAAAAUAAGGACAAUACUAUUGUGUGUUCUGCUAAGGUGCUGUCACAAGAGUUUUUUGUCAAAAGGCAAAAAAGCAGAAUAAAAAAAAGAGAUUUCACUACACAGACUAGAAAAUGUGCAACAUUCCUGUGGAUUUGGGAGCUGUUUAUUCAAUAUUCAUAUUUUUGUGGCUUCACCAUGAACAUAACUUUUAAAAAAUAAAAACACUGCAGCUUUAGUUCUACAGCAACAACAUAAAAACAACAACAGCAUAAAUAAUAACAAUCAUUAAUGAGAUCAGCUGUUUUUUGUGGGUGUACAGUAUUCAAAUAUCAGGAAUGAUUCUGUAAUAAAAAGCAGAAAAACAGUCCCAGUGUGGACUUAAUAAAACCCCCAAGAACAUAAACAUAUGUUCUGAAAACAAAGUAAUCAGUGAAUCAAAGUGCAGGUGCUCCAGGAGUCAAUUCAGCAGCAUAAUUUCAGUAGCCUGCUAAUAUAGUAAAGCUAUAUAAAGUGACAUAUCGGGUACAGUAUGUAGUUAAAACACAGAAGUACAAUUCAGAUUGGAUACAGUCCUGAACAUACAAUGUUAGGCUUAAUCUGCUUCUAAUAGGAGAACAGGUGUAGAUCACUACAUAAGAAUGCAUUGCCUUACAUGAUCUAAGAGGUUAUUAGUAAUGUACAUUAUUCCAUAUAAAGUACAGCAAGCUGAUUUUGUAUAGUACGGUAUAGAUGUAUAACGAUUUUCAACUGAUGGCAUUUCCUUC